AAAUACUUACUAAAAAAGAUGGGUUACCUGUGUUAAGACUUGUUACCAGUCCUAUCCUUACGUACUGCAGAGCAAAUUGUUUUUUCUUUGCCAUGUGGGUUAGGCAAGAAUAUAAGCCAGAAAAGGCAAGAUUUCAACAAGUUUACGAAAUAGAAAUUGGAGGAAAUGAAAAAUYGGAGCAAGGAUUGAAGUGCAAGGUGACACGUAAAGUAAAACUYGAACAGAACUACAGUGGACUUGGAACUACAGUAUGGGAUGGCAGCAUUGYGCUUGCAAAAAUGUUUGACAAUUUUCCCAGWGAAAUGUUGAAAGGUUAUUCAGUAUUAGAAUUUGGUGCAGGAUGUGGUUUAGUGGGAAUUUAUCUUUCACUUCUUGGAGCAAAACGAACUGUUCUGACAGAUCAAGAAUGCUGUAUACCCACAUUAACCAGGAAUAUAGAGCGAAAUAUAGACUUAUCACAAAACACCUCUGGAGAGAUAGCUGCCAUGGAGUACUCUUGGGGAAAUGACACAAGUAACCUCACUAAAUCGGGAUUAUUUGAUUUAAUUGUGGCUGCAGAGGUUCUGUAUUCUGAACAGGAAGCCAUCAAAUUGGCAAAUUGCAUACCAAAAGUCACUCAUCCAUCCUCAGUAGUUUUUGUAUCAAUGGGAAGAAACCGCCUUGGAGAAAAUUCAUUUGCAAGAACACUGAAAAACCAUGGAUUUGUUGUCCAAGAGGUUGGUAAUGAAGAUUUACAUCCUAAAUAUCAGGAUAGCAUUAUCAAAGUUAUAAAAGCUUGGAAAUCUUAAGAUUUUGAUAUUCGCUUAUUUCACAAAACAAUGGCUCAGGGAAAUAACAGCUCG